AUGGGUUCCCGAAUAAGAGAAAAUGUGACACACUUAUUCCAGUGUUUCUGUGAGGUGGUUCAGCCUCAGCCUCCAGAUAAAGAGCCUUGGAUCAUUCAGAAAUUUCCAGAACUGUACAAGGAUGAAGAAAUACUGAAAUCUGUCCCUAAAUUUGCAUAUCCAUGUGAAUUUGUAAACACUGAUAAUACUGUCAUCCAACAUUAUUCUUUUGUACUGACUAACAUUGAUUCUAAGUGGACUUUUGGAUUUUGUCGUCAUGAUCCCAAAACAGAAACAGCACUGGUGCUACUGAGCUAUUUGCCAUGGCAUAAGUCGUUUUACAAGUUGUUGGAUAUUAUUGGAGAAAUGGUCAUUUCAAGUAAAUCUGGAGCUGAGCAACUGUGGACUUUUCUUGAUGCUGUUUAUAAUAGCAUUGUACCUGAACAGGGAGGAAGUCUACAAGUACCUUACAACCAUGGACUCAGUAAUUUCAUCUGCCAUGCCCCUAAUCAACUCCUACUUCCAAGCAUUCCAGAGAAUCACAAUCUGAAUGAGUAUUACAGCGCUGUGGGCUGUAUGAAUAUGAUGGUUAUAUUUGCUUCCAUGCUAUAUGAACGACGCAUUGUAUUCAUCUCGACUCGUCUGCACAAACUAAGUGCCUGCGUCCAAGCUGCAAAUGCUAUAAUUUAUCCAAUGAAUUGGCAACACAUUUUUAUUCCUGUUCUCCCACACUCUCUAAUUGAUUACCUCUUGGCACCAAUGCCGUUUCUCAUUGGGGUGCCAACCAGUACAUUUAAGAAAGUCCGUAGAUCUGAUAUGGGUGAAGUUGUGGUAUUGGACGCAGAUGCUGAUGUAUUGGAAACACCAUUCAAUGAUUUGGAAAGUAUACCUGUGGAUGUAGUAAACUCCUUGAAGAGGGAGUUGAGAAACCAGGUGUCAGUCGGAGAUGGAGUUUCUCGUGCAUUUUUAAGAGCCCUUGUCCAACUUAUUGGAGGGUACAGGGAUGCUCUGAAAUUUCAUCAAGGAGAACGCAUUACAUUCAACUCGGAUGCCUUUGUUGAAUCCAGGCCAACAAGCAUGCAACCUUUCCUAAGAAAAAUGUUGCAGCUUCAAAUAUUUCAGCAGUUUAUUGAAGAGCGGCUGGACAUGCUGAAUGCAGGCCUUGGAUUUUCAGAUGAAUUUGAAAUAGAGGCUUGUAAUUAUUCAGACAAAACAAGUGGAAAACUGCGGCAACAGUAUAAGGAAUGGUUGAGUACAGUGAAAAAAGAAGGUUCAGCCUUUUUCAAGAGUGUGAAGAGCAAAGCAAAUCCAGCCAUGAAAUCUGCAGUAAAAUCUGUAAAAGACAGAGGAAAAGACGUGAGGACAGCGUACAAAGGUAUUCGGUCUAAAUUCCGUGAACUACAGCCUCCUUCAAAAGAGUACUCUGGAAACACAGAAAAAGCAGUGAGCAUUUCCAAAGAUAGACCCAAUUCUGCUCCAAAUUCACCACCACAGAGAAGAAGACCUGCAACAUUAGCUCCUUUCAUCAAACUUAGCCCUACAUCGGCUGUAACCUACAGAAAAGAUCCAACGCUCAGUGGACGUAAAUUAUCGAUGCAGGAGCAGAGAAGCCAUUAUUCUACACUAAGCCCUGGAGAAGCUUCAUGUGGCUCAGCAUCACCUCCUGAGUGUGGCACACCCGGUCUGAAGUUGUCGCCCAUUGAUACAGAUCUCAUGGGUGAUCUUCAUGAUGUGAUUUUUCAAAAAUGUUCUUCUUUAAUGGAUGACCAACGUGAGGACCCAGUUCCCCCAGUUGAUCGCACGUUAAAGCCGGUGCGAAGUUAUGAGAGUUUUGGAAGCAGAUCUUUUGCGACUGCGGGAGCUAGCACACCCAGCUUUUUACCACAGAGCUCUCCUGCUGGUGCUGCUUAUGUUGUCCCUCCACAUCUUGCCAGGUCUGGAGAUCAUGCAUACUCUCCCUCUGUUACUUUCCAAGCUCCCUUCUCUCCAUUUACUCCCCCAAAACUUGAGUUUCAACAACUUCCUCUUGCCUACAGCACCCCAAAGGUAGAGUCGAAUGCCUUUACCCCGAGUCCAGAUGAUCCUUUCACCUCCUUUGCUGGUGGGAGAAGGCCUGGCCCUGGCCCUGGCCCUGGUCCUGGUCCUGGUCCUGUCGUUCCCCUGUCCUCCUCCUCAUCCUUUGCUCCUGGCUCGGGCUCGGGCUCCGGCUCCGCAUCGACCAUGCCUACCAUGCCCAUCGCCGCGCCACCCGCGCGCCCUUCGCGAGCUUCAAAGGUUGCUCAAAGUCCUAAUGACCUCAUCAGAUUGGACUCCACGCCAAGUUUUGAGGAGUUUGAUCCGCUUGUGUCCACGAAUCCUCCUGCUGCUUCUUCAAGUAAUUUUGGUCCUACAAACAUCAACAACAGCAACAACAAUAUUAUGCACAAGCUGAAAGAGACAUCUCUCUCUAACCCUCUGUAUCCAUACUAUACCCCUCAAGGCUACAAUUCUACCCAGGGAAAUACAAGUUUUCUCUAUCCAAAUAAUGUGAUAAUGCCAGUGGGCCGCAAUGCAGCAGCUGUGCCUGCUAUUCAGCCAUCAUCAAGCAGCAAUAUCAAUCAACAUAGUAGGAAUGAGGCACAGGAUUCUCAGCUCUUGAGGGAAUAUGGGAUCGAAUUCAAGAGCUGGGGACACAAUGGGACUGGGGGCCAAACAUUGCCUUCUAAUGGUGCUUUGGUAAAGCCUGUUGUCACUGAUCCAUUUGAGGAUGUGGAACGUUUGGCAAAUGGAACACAGCAGCACCAACUGAAUACAAAUCAAAGAAUGUGGACGAAGUUUGAUUAAUAUUUGAAUCUGAUGCCUUGAUCGAAUUGGCUGGAACUAUUGUUUUGUUGUUUCUUUGAAAUCAAGAGAAAUUCUUCAAUUCAUCAUCAAUUUUACCUGAUUUUUGUUUGUGUCCAUUGAACCUGUCUGGUCAAUUCAAGUGGUUUUGCAUCAAACCUUAAGUUCCUAAAUAAUUAAAUGUUAACCACUGUAAGAAAAAAAGAAAGAAGCAAAGGGAAAAAAAAAAAAAUAAACAAGACAAAAACUAUUUCCAGUGGUCAAGACAUGAAAAUGCUUUUAAAGUAGGUUUUGACAAGCCUCAUCAGUUUGUUGUUUUCAUAUUUAUUGUUUUUAGAGAGAGACACUACCGGUACAAUUGUCUGAGUGUAUCCAUCAGCAUUUCAAAAACUUCUCCACAAUUUAACUUUUGGUAAAUGUGGUAUCAGAUAGUUUUAACGUAACUGUGUAAUGGUUACUUAAAACUGUAGUUUUUCUUUUUUGUAUCAAUGUGCUAGUUGAAACAUCACAAUUAUAUUGAAUUGUGCCAUGAAAGCAGGGUGUCUGAGGAUAGGGUAGGAAACAGAAUUUAUUCGAAAGGCUUACUUAGAGACCAACAAAGUAUCAGUAGAAAUGUAAGGUUUAGAACUAUAGUGUCUAAAUGAAAUUAUUUUCCAUAUCUGUGUUUUGUUAUAUUUAUCUAUAAUUUAUAUUUAUAUAUGCAGGGUGUCUUUAGUGUGAGAAUUGUGUUACAUCAGAUGUUGAAAUAUCAGAGCGUCUUAGCUCUUAAUAAGUUUAAUCAUUCCAAUUAAAUUUGUAUUAAGGAUGUUGAAUGCAGUGGUUAUCAACUCAUUAAUUUUGCUGAACAAUUAAGACACUUGAUAUUAAUCUGCCUUACAGGCACAAAGAACUAGAUACAGAAAUUUUAGAAUCUAACCAAUAGACUUGGGAAGGCAGAGAUUUGUUUUUAUCAUUUGCGUAAGUACCAGUAGUUAAUUAGAUACAUAAACUGACUCUGGAGCUCUUCUGUAUUUAAGUAUCUUAUCAUUGAUCAGCUCCAAAUACCCAGGAAAUCAUGUAGAAACAAUUGGAGUCUCUCUGUAUACUUUCGUUUCUUGCCUAUGGUGUUGACGUCCAAGGAUUUAAUUUUAAAGUAGAGAAAAGUGGAGGCACACGCAAUACUAAUCUUUCUCAUUGAAAAAAUUAAAUUAUGUAAGUCUUAGGUCUCUAUUUUGUUAAGUGGUCCAUUUUCCACUUUGCUGCUGCCACAUUUUGCUAGUUCAUGUUUGAAUUUUGUAUAGGUUUUAUUUUAAAAAUCAGAAUUAUUUUUUAAUGCUAGUCAUUUAAGCAGAUCUUUAUUCCUGUUUUGUUUUCUUUGAAGAGGGGUAGGACAUUGCUAUUUAAAACGUCCAUCUUUUUACAAUAUUCCUGUACCUUUCCAAAGUUGCAAUUCCCCUUGCACAGAGUUAUUGCUUACAUGUUGAUAUCAAUUUUUAUUUUCCUGAAUGUCUUUUCUAUCUAUCCAUGAUCAUGCACAAAGUACUUCUAGUUGAGCUGCUGUCUCAUUAGCAUAAAAGAAGUUAAUGUUUUUAAGGGCACUCUUCAUAGUAUUAGCAAUUUGUCGCUCAAAACUCUAAAGGCAGAUUUGUCAAUCUCCAUAGUCAGUUUUUUCCUUUUUCAUGGAAUGCCAUUAAUUGCUAAUUUUAAUUCAAAUCAUCUUUAAUUGGACAAGUUAGAUAGAAUUUGUUCUUUCCUGGGCAACAAACAUGAUUGCGUAAUGGGUAUAGUCAAAACUGGUUAAGAUAUGUUUUAUACCUUGUUUUGAUGUCUUGUGUGAUAAGUAGUACCUCCAGACAGUAGGUUUGGAUAGUACUCUGAGAACUGAAUAUAUACAGGGGUGUUAUUGUAAGAUUUUUGUUUCUGUUUUGGCCUGACAUUGCCUAUGAUAUUUUCUUUAGAAAAAUGUUUGGAUUAAUGAUGGUUUCCUCAAUCUGUCACUAAGUUCACGGUUAGACUAAUUUUUUGUCUGAGAUUUCUCUUCUGGCAUAAGUGUACAUGCGUAUUAUACACUUUAGUAUAAUAAUAAUUGUGGCAUCGUUAAGAGUACAGUGUUAUGUACUAUGUAAUCCCCAUGAGAGUGAAUAUUUUAAGACCUUUGAUGAAGCUGUGAUAAGCAAGACUAUGUACUCAGUGUGUGCCUCUUGAGGCAAGUGUAUAUAAGCUGUUCCUUAAAUGAAAUUUUUGUUCAAAAAUU